UGCUCCUCCGCGGGCGGAAGCCGGAAGAAGCACCAGCCGAGUCCGGAGUCCCAAUGGCCACCGAGACCGACACGUUCGUCACCGACGUUACCUUCGGGCAGGAGGUGAUCGCCACCACCGUGACGUCCUCCGGCGCGGCCGUGGAGUGCUGGAUCCAGGAGAUCCGCGCCGCCCUCGGCGACCUCGUCGUCGGCCUCGACGUCGAGUGGCGCCCCAGCUACAGCCCCUCCCAGAACCCCGUCGCGCUGCUGCAGCUCUGCGUCGGCCGCCGCUGCCUCAUCUUCCAGCUCCUCCACGCCGACUUCGUGCCCCAGGCCCUGUCGGCCUUCCUCGCCGACCCCGCCCUCCGCUUCGUCGGCGUCGGCGUGCGGGAGGACGUCGAGCGCCUCAUCGACGACCACGACCUCACCGUCGCCAACGCGGUCGACCUGCGCGCCGUCGCCGUGGAGGCGAUGCAGAGGCCUGAGCUCCGCCAGGCCGGCCUGCAGGCCCUCGCGCGCGCCGUCAUGGGCGCGGACGCCGCGACCCUGCAGAAGCCGCAGAGGGUCAGGAUGGGCCCGUGGGACGCCUACUGCCUCUCCCUCGUGCAGAUCAAGUACGCCUGCAUCGACGCCUUCGUCUCCUUCGAGGUCGGCCGGAAGCUGCUCACCGGCGACCUGCCGCUGCCGCCGGCCCCUGAGGUGAUAGCCGCCGCGACUCCUGAAAAUUCGCAGGCUUAACUCUGGCUCGUACUAGUUCGUCUAGAUUUAGUUCUUGAUCUCUUAAUGUUAGGCAAGGGUUUGUGAGCGAUUCUUAGUAGCAUCAGAGCAGGUAAAAGAUUGUGGCUACAACUAGGUGCCAUGAGCAUUAAGCUUUUUUGGUGCCAAUUGAAACCGUUCUGAGAAAUAUUCUGCUCAACUAUGCAUUGUUAGUGGACUAUCAACUAUAUUUUUAACUCA